UGUAGAUGUUAAAUCCUUUUCACUUUCUUUGUAUGCUCAUUUCUUUAUAUAGUGGCUUUUAUAAGAACAAAAAUCACUGAUCUAAUUACUCCCUGCGCCAUCUUUUUGCGGUAACGUAGAUCAGUUUUCUCUACGUAACAGUAUUAAACUUUGAAGUGAUUGCAUCGAGUUAUGGCAAAUCGUAAUGUACCAAUCCCACGUCGACAGCUGUACAUCGGCGGAGAAUGGAGAGAACCGGUCAAGAAGAACCGGAUUCCGAUAAUCAAUCCGGCUACUGAAGAAAUCAUCGGGGAUAUUCCGGCGGCGACCGCGGAAGAUGUGGAUAUAGCUGUGGAAGCAGCACGGAAAGCGAUUGCUCGGGAUGACUGGGGUUCUACAACAGGGGCACAACGCGCAAAAUAUCUCCGUGCUAUUGCUGCUAAGGUACUGGAGAAGAAAUCCGUACUUGCAACACUUGAAUCCCUUGAUAGUGGAAAAACAUUGUUUGAGUCUGCUGCAGAUAUGGACGAUGUCGCAGGAUGUUUUGAGUACUAUGCAGACCUCGCUGAAGCUUUGGAUUCGAGAAGGAAGACUCCUGUCAAUCUUAAUUCGGAUUCAUUUAAAACUUAUGUUCUUAGAGAACCUCUUGGUGUUGUGGGAUUGAUAACUCCAUGGAAUUAUCCAUUGUUAAUGGCCAUAUGGAAAGUUGCCCCUGCUCUGGCUGCUGGUUGUGCAGCAAUACUUAAGCCGUCUGAACUAGCAUCAAUUACCUGUUUGGAGUUGGGUGAGAUCUGUAGAGAGAUUGGUCUUCCUUCUGGUGCCCUUAACAUUUUAACAGGAUUGGGGCCUGAAGCUGGUGGUCCUUUGGCAUCUCAUCCUCAUGUGGACAAGAUUUCAUUUACAGGAAGUGGACCUACAGGAUCUAAGAUCAUGACUGCUGCAGCUCAACUUGUUAAACCAGUUAGUCUUGAGCUUGGUGGAAAAAGUCCAAUAGUUGUGUUUGACGACAUCGAUAACCUUGAUAUAGCUGCUGAGUGGACUCUUUUUGGUAUCUUUGCGAAUACUGGUCAAGUUUGUAGUGCAACAUCACGGCUUAUAGUACAGGAAAGCAUUGCUUCUGCAUUUUUGGACAGGCUGCUUAAGUGGACCAAAAACAUCAAAAUCUCCGAUCCUUUGGAAGAAGACUGCAAGCUUGGUCCUGUCGUCAGUGCUGGACAAUAUGAGAAGGUAUUGAAGUUUAUCUCAAAUGCCAAAAGUGAAGGUGCAACCAUUCUUUAUGGUGGCGAACGGCCUCAGCAUUUGAAGAAAGGAUAUUAUGUUCAGCCAACUAUUAUUACUGAUGUUAAUACCUCAAUGGAAAUCUGGAAAGAGGAAGUAUUCGGACCUGUUCUUUGUGUCAAAACAUUCAAAACUGAAGAGGAAGCCAUUGAACUAGCAAAUGACACCAAGUAUGGUUUGGCUGCUGCUGUUAUGUCAAAAGAUGUUAAAAGGUGUGAGAGGUUUACAAAGGCAUUUCAGACAGGGAUCAUCUGGAUUAACUGUUCACAGCCAACCUUUAAUCAGCUUCCAUGGGGUGGUAAAAAGCGUAGUGGUUUUGGACGUGAUCUAGGGGAAUGGGGUCUUGAAAGUUUCUUUAACAUUAAGCAGGUGACAGAGUAUACUUCUGCUGAACCAUGGGCUUUUUACAAGUCACCUUCAAGGAACUAGUGAAAGAGAGUUUGUCCAUAAAGCAGUUUUAAUAAUGUGCAAAACUAAACUCUAGUCUAUUAGAAUUGUUUGAUUUGCUCGUUAAUCAAUAAAUAGUUUUAAUAAACCUUAAUCGAAUAGAGACAAUAUCAAAGUAGCUUUUCUAUUCUAUUUGUAUCUCGGGUUAGGCCCUUCUUUGGAUCCAGUGUGAACACGGGAUAUUUUGUUUGUCA